AUGACUUCUAAAAGAAUAUUACACUCUAAUGAAAUUGAAUUAUUAUUUGUUAAAUCUGGUGUAUAUCUACAUCCAUCAAAGCUGAAGAAAGAUAAUAUAAAUGGUUAUUUAAUAUUAUAUAGAGUAGCAAAUGUAACAAAUUUAGAAAUUACAUUACAAUUUAUACCUGAAUCUCAAUUAGAUAAAGAUAAUAUUAAAAAAUAUAAUGAUAUUGAUACUAGCAAUUUCAUUCAAGUUAAACCAGGCAGAGCAUUUGUUUCAAGAAUAGUUGAAAAACCAAGUUCUUUAUUAUUAUCAACAUCUUUUUCAAUUCAAAUUUCUUAUAUUUAUUCAAUACAAUUUCGCCCACCCUCACCUGGUUAUUAUUAUGGCUCAAUUAUAAUUAAUACACAAGAAGGAGAUAAAUUACCAAUAUUGUUCUUCCAUGAUGAUGAGUCGAAAUCCACAAUUGAAUCACAAAAAUUAAAAAAUAAAAAUUUUGAAACUUUUGAUAAUAAUGAAUUAUAUUGGGGUGCCAUUGAUUUUUUAACAUUUUUAAAAUCAGUUGUUAAUGUUCAACAAAGUACAAUUGAACCAAGUGUUUGGUUGAUAAAUCCACAACUGAAUGAUUUAAGAAAUUUUGCUCCUUUUAAAAUUAAACCUAAAAAAGAAGAAGAAUCUUUUGAUUUUGGUAAAUUUUUAAAUACUGCAAAAUGGAAAGUUUUAGAAACUGUAGCUACAUUAUCUGCAAAAACCAAAAAUUCAUUAACUGAUUUAAUAGAUGAAAAUGCACCAAAGCCAAUAAAAGAUAUUUUAUAUACACAACCUGAAGUUAUUAAAAUUGGAGAUGAUUUUGAUUCUGCUCGUAUUUAUUUAGCUAAAUGGGCUCAACAAGUUAAAGAAGAAGCAGAAAGGAGCUCGAAUUUAAUGGGUGAUGAUAUAUCAUCAAAAAUUGAUAAAGAAUUGAGUGGUGAAAAUGUGAUACUAACUCAAGAAGAAGUUAACAGCACUACUAGAUUAAAUUUAAUCUCAAAAACAGAAUGGGAGUCCUAUUUUGAUUAUUCUGGUAGAUUGAGAAUUACUAUUGAUGAAUUGAAAUCUAGAAUUUUUCAUGGUGGAUUAUCUGAAGAAAUUAAAAGAGAAGGUUGGUUAUUCCUUCUUGAAGUUUAUCCUUGGGAAUCUUCAACUGAAGAGAGAUUAGUGCUUGAUCAAUCAUAUGAAUCUUCGUAUUUGGAUCUUAAAAAGAAAUGGAUAAAUGAUGAUGUGAAACGAAAUAAUGAAUUUUGGAAAGAUCAAAAGUUUAGAAUUGAAAAAGAUAUAAAUAGAACUGAUAGAAAUUUGGAAAUUUUCAAAAGUAAUGGUCAUGCUGAAGGAGAUGAUGAAUUUGAUGUUUCAAAUAUUACAAAUCCACAUUUAUAUAAAAUGAGAGAAAUUUUAAUUACUUAUAAUGAAUAUAAUGAAAAUUUGGGUUAUGUACAAGGUAUGUCAGAUUUAUUGAGUCCAUUAUAUGUUUUAAUUAAAGAUGAAUAUUUGGUAUUUUAUGCAUUUGCUCAUUUUAUGAUUAGAAUGGAAAGAAAUUUUCUUAGAGAUCAAUCUGGUAUGAAAGAGCAAAUGGUUACUUUGAAUAAAUUGUUACAAUUUAUGAUUCCUGAUUUAUAUUUACACCUUGAAAAAUGUCUGUCUACAGAUUUAUUCUUUAUGUUUAGGAGUUUACUAGUAUGGUUUAAAAGAGAGAUUUCUUUUGAACAAACUAUAAGUUUAUGGGAAGUAUUAUUUACAAAUUAUUAUACCAGUCAGUUCCAUUUAUUUAUUGGGUUGGCAAUUUUAUCACAAAAUAAAGUUGCAAUUACAGAAUUACAAGAUUUUAGUGAUGUGAUUAAAUAUGUUAAUGAUUUAGGUUCAAGUAUAAAAUUAGAUCCAUUAUUUGUCAGAGCUGAAUUAUUAUUUUUGAAAUUUAAAAGAAAAGUAAGUUUAAUUACAAGGAGUGAAACUGAAGAGGAAUUUACUUUAGAUAAAGAUUUAGAAGGUUUAUUAUCUAAAAAUCUUGUAAUUCAAAAAGAGAAACCAAGAGAAGAAGGUCAAGGUGGUGGUUAA